UGAGCAGCGUCGAGGACCUCCCAGCCAGUUGCGUCUGCUCAUCGAGUCCUCAACCCAGCACAUCCGGCCUACUCCUCUACCAUGUUCGCUCGUGCCAUCAUCGCUCUCGGCGCCCUUGCGGCGACUGCGUACGCUCAGACUAACGUCACGCUUACGAACAACUGCACGUACCAAGUCGACCCCGCGUUCUACCCCGCCGUCAACGCCUCUGAUGGCUCCACAACCGGUGGCUUCCCCCUUGAUUCCGGUGCCUCCGCGAACGUCACGCUCGACCCGACGUACUCGGGACGUAUCUGGGGCCGCACGGGCUGUGACGCGGACGGGAACUGCUUGACGGGCUCGUGCCCCGGCGGGGAGAACUGCACGGGUCCCGCUGCUGCGGGCCCGACGCUCGCCCAGUUCACUCUGGAUGGAUACGCCGGCCUCGACUACUUCAACCCGAGCACGACCGACGGGUUCAAUCUCCCGGUGACGAUCACUCCUGGCUCCGGCUGCUCGACCGGCCCGCAGUCGUGUACUGCUGAUAAUGAAGGCACCGGGUGUGGCGACACCUCUACCUGCCCGACCGGCACCUCUUACACGAUCUCAUUCUGCUGAACGCGAUAACGUACGGAAUUCUUGGCAAGGACCGUCUCAGUAAGGUCACCCUGGCUGUUGUAUUCGCAUGCGGACAUUUCUUGUAAUCAAAAACGAUCUUGGGGUUGAUUUAAAGAGACUCGCUCAUCACAGCUCA